AGGACAAAGCUCCUCCUCUGAGAUACGGUUUCCAAGUUUCUGAGCACAGCAGCAGUCCCUCGUUCAGCUCCUUCAGACUAGCCAGCAGCAAUUAGCAAACACCUGGUGGAGCUGCUGAGCUCAUUAUAGGAGCUGCUGCUCAGUGAAACACUGGUAAAAACGUUGUUAAGGGGUUAAAGCCUCAGAUCAGACAAAUCAUGCUAAAGUUCUGUAAUGUUUUUAUAUUAUAUGAAAUAACGACAUUUAAACAUACAAAACUCAAAUUCUACUGACAGAAAAGUUACAGCAUGUUUGUCAAAAUAAAUUUACACAAGCAGAAUUUCAGUCCCUGUAUAAACCUUUAGGAAGACUAAAGUGAAGCGUGUGGCGUUUAUUUUUGACACCAUUACAUCAUGGCAGUUCUUUGAAGGAAACAUUCAUGAUUCUUAGAAAGAGGAAUCAGCGGAGCAGCUCCCAUGUGGUUGGCUUUUUAGGUGAAACACACAGGAAGAGGCGACGGAUGGGAGAAAAUAUUUAAAGAGCUUCAGACACAGAUUCUGCACUUCCCUCCACAAUGUCUGCAAAGACUCUGCUGCAGCUCCUGGCUCUGGUGAACUUUCUCUUUGCAGGAUCCGAUGCACAGCUUAAUGAAUGUGGCUUCGCUCCGCGCAACUUCAAAAUAGUUGGAGGUCAGGAUGCCUCACCUGGACGUUGGCCCUGGCAGGUGGAGCUGCAGCUUUCUGGCUGGUUCAUGUGUGGCGGCUCCCUGAUCAACAAGAAGUGGGUUCUGACUGCAGCUCACUGCAUCACUGAUCCAACUCCGUCCUUGUGGAAGGCUGUUCUGGGGCAGCAGAACCUGAGGGACAAACACAUGAAAACCGUAGUGAGAAGGAACAUUGGAAAAAUCAUCGUACACCCCAAGUUCAAUCAGACCACCAACGACAACGACAUUGCGUUGCUCAGACUCUCCUCACCAGUGCAGUUCACAGACUACAUCAGACCGGUGUGUUUGGCAGCGAGUGGCAGCCGGUUCAACAACGGCACCGAUAGCUGGGUCACCGGCUGGGGAAACGUAGCAGAAGGAGUACCUCUGCCUCGUCCUCAAACCCUUCAGGAAGUGAAGGUGCCUGUUAUUGGGAACAGACAGUGCAGCUGUUUGCUUGGAAGAUUAAGCAUCACAGACAACAUGAUCUGUGCUGGUGUUCUUUCAGGAGGAAAAGACUCUUGUCAGGGUGACUCAGGAGGUCCGAUGGUCAACAAGCAGGACUCACGUUGGAUCCAGUCUGGAGUUGUGAGUUUUGGCCUCGGCUGCGCUCGGCCCAAUCUGCCUGGCGUUUACACCAGAGUGUCCCGGUACCAGUCCUGGAUAAACUCCGUCAUCAGAUUUAACAAACCGGGCUUUGUGGAGUUCUCCUCCAGAGGAGAGGAUCCAGACAGCAGCUUCACCUGUCAGCGCCGGCCGCCUGUCACCAAACGAUAAAACAAAACCUCAGAGAUUCCAUCCAAAACCCUUUAAUGCAUAUUUUCUCACACCAGAAAUAGUUGAAAAACAACAAAAAAGUAAUUAAUAUUUAAGGAAAAACAUUUUAAAUGUUUGCUUUUAAUGUU